AUGGGCAAAUUCCUCCAUGCAUGCGAAGGAGAACUUGUCUGCGAAUCAGUCAACCCCAAAGUUCCUUUCUUCAAUGCACCCAUCUACCUCGAGAACAAGACUUCAAUAGGCAAAGUCGAUGAGAUUCUUGGUCCGAUCAAUCAAGUCUACUUCACGAUCAAACCACAAGAAGGAAUUCAAGCUACAUCAUUCAAAGCUGGAGACAAAUUCUACAUCGGUGGAGACAAGCUGUUGCCUUUAGAAAAGUUUUUGCCCAGGCCCAAAGCACCACCAGGAUCGAAACCAAAGCGACCAGUGGGUGCUCGUGGCGGUGCUCCUAGAGGUCGAGGUGCCCCCAGAGGCCGAGGCUCCUUCGGUGCGGGUGGACGAGGUGCCCCAAGAGGCAGAGGAUCCUUUGGUGGCGGUCGAGGCGCACCCAGAGGUAGAGGAUCCUUUGGCGCAGGUGGAAGAGGAGGUUCAAGAGGUGCUCCAAGAGGACGUGGCAGAUUUUGA